GGGGAGCGCGAGAGUGAGUGAGUGGCUGAGUGAGUUUACCCCUAUGAGGCGGUGAGAGGCCCGGGGCCUACCUCAGAGGAGCGGGGUCGCGGCACCAGCUAGCAGCGGGCCCCCUCCCGGUCCCCGGGCCCGGCAGCGCGGCGGCGGCUCAGUUGUGAGGAGGCGGGGAAGCGAGUGUCCGGCCCCAGCCAUGGAGGGCAUGGACGUGGACCUGGACCCCGAGCUGAUGCAGAAGUUCAGCUGCCUGGGCACCACCGACAAGGACGUGCUCAUCUCCGAGUUCCAGCGGUUGCUCGGCUUCCAGCUCAACCCGGCCGGCUGCGCCUUCUUCCUGGACAUGACCAACUGGAACCUACAAGCAGCAAUUGGCGCCUAUUAUGACUUUGAGAGCCCAAACAUCAGUGUGCCCUCUAUGUCCUUUGUUGAAGAUGUCACCAUAGGAGAAGGGGAGUCGAUACCUCCUGAUACUCAAUUUAUAAAAACAUGGCGAAUCCAAAAUUCUGGGGCAGAGGCCUGGCCUCCAGGGGUUUGUCUUAAAUAUGUCGGGGGAGACCAAUUUGGACAUGUGAACAUGGUGAUGGUGAGAUCGCUAGAGCCCCAAGAGAUUGCAGAUGUCAGCGUCCAGAUGUGCAGCCCCAGCAGAGCAGGAAUGUAUCAGGGACAGUGGCGGAUGUGCACUGCUACAGGACUCUACUAUGGAGAUGUCAUCUGGGUCAUUCUCAGUGUGGAGGUGGGUGGACUUUUAGGAGUAACGCAGCAGCUGUCAUCUUUUGAAACGGAGUUCAACACACAGCCACAUCGCAAGGUAGAAGGAAACUUCAACCCGUUUGCCUCUCCCCAAAAGAACCGACAAUCAGAUGAAAACAACUUAAAAGACCCUGGGGGUUCCGGGUUCGACUCGAUCAGCAAAAACACAUGGGCUCCUGCUCCUGACCAAACCGAGCAAGAUGAGAAUAGACUCUCACAGAACUCUGUAAAUCUGUCCCCCAGCAGUCACGCAAACAACUUAUCAGUAGUGACUUACAGUAAGGGGCUCCACGGGCCUUACCCCUUCGGCCAGUCUUAAACGGGUGUCAGCAAGAAGAAAAAUUAACAAAAGACAGAAGGCUUGACUCUGGGGGGGGAGGGCAAGGGGUUCCGCUGGAUUGCAGACCACAUCGCACGGACCCCUGGCUCUGACCCCCAUCCUGGAAGAAGAGGAAGAAUCAGAAAGACUAGUUUUGAAUAAAACUCAGUGUGCGUGUGUGAAUGCCGAAUCGCAGGAGUGGUGUUGAGGCUACCAAGAAGAAAUCCAUGCAGCCAGUUUGGGUUUUGUUUAUUAGGCGUCAAUCUAACAAGUCAUUAGGUCGCUCGGGAAGGAAAAAAAUGUUUAAAAUGGGGGAAAAAAGCCAUCUUUUUAAACAAAAAUUAUUUUGCCUACAGACAGGUUGUAGUUUUGAGCACAUGUUAAUUUUUUCCCCUUUCCCCACUUUUUUUUUUUUUUU